AUGUCGACUCCGGAGGAGCACCGUUCUCCCUUGGUGUUUUCAGCGCCGCAGAGCGUCUCUCCGUAUCUCUCCGCUGCGGCUUCGUCUCCGUUUUCAGCAGUGCACUACGCUGCGCCUCGGAGCGCGAGUGUAGGGGGAGGUCCGCGCCUGCAUGCGCAGAAGGCGUCGGACGACAGCAUGCGUUCUCAUCGAGCCGCUUCAGCCAUGCCUGCGCUGCAGGCUGCUCCUGGAUCUGCGGCUUCACACCCCAAGUGGGUCAUUUCGCGAGCUUCUGUUUCUCCAACUCCGCCUCUUGUGCGAACUUCCAUCGACGCCGUGAGCGACCGUGCCGGCUCGGAAGACGUCGCGCGAAACCGCAGCGACGAGAGCUUGAGAGGAGGCAUCGACGGCAGCGAGACGUCCGGCAAGAAAGAAACUCCGAAUUUCCUCCGAUUUCUUUGCCUCGUCGGAGGCUUGAUGAAUGCGGGGACAUCUUUUCUCGCGGCAUCUGACGUCAUGCACUUCCUCAUCGACCCUGCGACCUACGCAUUGGCUGUUGCCCAAGCGUUUCUGGGGCUGAUUGUCGUCCUGCGCGAGGCAGGCCAUUUUGCUCAGUUCUCUGCCUGCCAGAAAAAACUCCUGGAAAAGUGUGCCUUUCUCGACAACCCUGUCUACAAAGGUCUCUUCUACAUGUACUUCGGUUUGGUGAGCCUGGCUCUACGCAGCGUUGCCUCGCUUUACACAAUCCCCGGUUCGUUUAUCGUUGCGACAGGAUUUCUCUGCAUUUUCAUCCAAAAGACAGUGGAAGACGAGACGAUGAAAGACAACCUCGAGAAAGUCACGGCGCUGUUCACAUCUCCGAGGCACUAG